UAUUGUGAACGUUUUUAUUCCCAGUUUUUCCUGCGUUCCUCCCCGGAAACUGCUCUUCUGACGAUUCCCGCGGCAAUAUUUUGCGAUGACUUGACUGCGUGCUUUUGAUUUUGCUUUGGAGCAAGGAUUCCUGCGGGAGAGCGCGUAUUCAGACGCAGAAGAGAUCGCUUUAAGCUGAUACCCUAGUCUGUGAUUAAAAGAGAUUUAUCCAACGAACCUGUGAUCCAAAAGCGAAUUACGUCAUGACGAGCCGGACUAAAGCGGAGCUGGCGGACGAAAGGCGCCGUAAAGCUCUGUACUACAGAGAAACUGUGUCCAGGACUCGGAUCAUUCUUUUCGUGGUCAUCGCGGCUGCGUGCGUGCUUGGACGAGGUGUCACAGGUGGCCAAGCGCAAUCAACUACCAAAGCUGCUGGUGGCAGUGGGGCUGGAGGCGGCGGCGGUGGUGCCGCCGGAGGUGGCGCUGCUCCGCCGCCGUCGUCGUCGUCACCACGACCGAGCAUGGUUCCCCGACCGCGGGUGCCGCCGUCGGUGUCGUCGGGGCGGCCACCAGGACAUUCGGCCAAUAUCAACGCCGGGAGGACGGGUGGUGAUGGCGCCGGUGGUGGUCGCGAGAACGAUUCCGGUGGAAGCCACAGCUAUCCCAUCGCGACCGUGGACUUUAUCCGGGUUGAGACACCGUUCAUCAUAGCUCUCUGGAUCUUCUGCGGCUCCCUUGCCAAAAUUGAUAACCUCAACACGUUUCCCUGCGAGCGUGGCACGCAAAGAAAUCUCACUGAAUUUUCCAUCGUGGCACACAAAACAAUGACGGUGUUCAGCAUUGACAUUGAUGCAAACUUUAAAAAGUUUGAAAAGCACGGCAUCAAAUUGCGUUCCAUAUUCUACGAAAUCUAG